UUGCAGGCCGGUGCAUGUGUUGCUCGGUCAGUGAGUCUUCUGCUGCCCAACUCGUAACACGUGCUCUGCUCUCCUCUCUCGCCUCUCUUUGUAUAUCUCCGAUUGCUUGUCUCUUCCAGCUCUGUCGGUUUCACCAGAACGACCGAGUCGGAACUACCUCCGCGAUAAUCUCAAUACUUCCUGUAGAACGGGUACGCGUUUUCUAAAACUGGAUUCGACCGCUGGACCAUGGCAGACUGGUGAUUGGCUGAAACGGUAGAGCGUGACCAAGCGAAAAUUCAUUUUCACGGACAACAUCGAGGAUUUGUCGCACUUGUUUUGAAAAUUGGAUAAGUCAAUUCAAAACGAAAAUGGCGUAUAAUUUCCAACACAACAAGUCGCCACAGCCUUUUGGCGGCCGCGGAAAGCAGAGCGACGCUGCUGCAUCAUCAUCACGCAAUAUUGGCGUUCCAGCUGCUCCUGCCAGUCCGUUCCGGCCGGCCUCUUCGAGUCCGCUACCGAUGGCUCCGCGAAUGUCCGCACCGAUGGACACUCACGCAGCCAGUCCGGGACCGUUGAUGCUCAGGCGACAGCUACUUUCGCCACCGUGCGGCUCAUCGGCUUCCCCGCAAUCUUCGCCUUGCCCGUCGCCCGUUGCCGGCGCUCGCCUCCGGCCUCAUUCCAUAGCCCUGACAUCAGCGGAUGGUGGCUCUCCUCAACAACAGUUGCAACACUUUUUAGGUUUCGGUAGCGGAUCGCAAAGCGCUUUCCAACCGGUUCCGGCCGUCGUUCGUCGACAAGCCCCGUCAGCCGCUGGCAACGGCCGCAAUGGAUCUGUUUCACCACGACCGGCUUCUUGGGUUGGAAGUCAUUCAUCUUACGGACCUCCUCUGUCGCCCAGCUCCGUCCUUUCGGCCGGCUCGUUCGAGUGGGGCUACGUGCCCGAGGCCGGCCAGCCAUCCACGGCUGACCUGAUCGCCUCCCAGUCACAGGACUACAUCGACGAGCGUCUACAAGAGUUCCAGGCUACUAUUGUCCAGCUGCAGAGUUGA